AUGGAAGUGGCCAAGCUUAUAGAAGUUUUGCGAGCGACACUGGAUCCAAACCAGCGGGAGGAAGCCGAACAUCAACUAACAGAAGUUCAUAAAAUUAUUGGCUUUGCUCCAGUCCUCCUGCAAGUUGUUAUGUCAGAUCAAGUGGACAUGCCAGUGAGACAAGCAGGUGUGAUCUACCUCAAGAAUAUGUUGACACAAUACUGGACAGAGCGGGAGCCAGAACAUGUCACUGACAGUAUCCCUUUCAAUGUACACGAACAGGACAGGCAACCAAUCAGAGACAACAUUAUUGAAGCAAUCAUCCAUGCUCCUGAUCCUGUUAGAGUACAACUGUGUGUGUGCCUCAGCCAUAUCAUCAAAAGUGACUUCCCUGGCCGGUGGCCGAAUGUUGCUGAAAAGAUGGCCAUGUACAUCAAUUCUGACAACAGUGCAACAUGGAUGGGAGCCCUUCUGUCCAUCUACCAGUUUGUUAAAGUCUUUGAGUACAAGAGAUGUGAAGAGAGACAAACUAUGGAUGAUACAAUGGUACACAUACUACCCAUUAUCUACCAGCGCCUCUUGCAGCUGGCCGCAGAUCCUUCAGAGGCAUCUUGCCUUCUUCAGAAACAAAUCCUCAAGAUCUAUUAUGCAUACGUCCAGAACUAUCUGCCGCUGUCGGUGGUGACCAAGGAAGUAUUUACCCAGUGGAUGGAGGCAGUUCGGCACAUUGUGGACAGGGAUAUUCCGCCGGAAGCUAAUCAGGUGGAUGAAGAAGACCGGCCAGAAUUAGCUUGUUGGAAGCUGAAGAAAUGGGCAGUACAUAUUUUGGCCAGAGUUUUUGAAAGAUAUGGUAGUCCAGAAAAUGUGAUCAAGGAGUAUAAUGAAUUUUCAGAAUGGUACCUCAAGACUUUCUCAGCUGGAGUAUUAAAUGUCUUGCUGAAGUUGUUGGAAAGCUAUAGACUGAAGAUGUAUGUUGCUCCACGUGUCCUUCAGCAGGCACUCAACUAUAUCAAUCAGGGAAUCAGUCAUGCCUAUUCAUGGAAGUUCAUUAAGCCACACAUGCAGGUUAUGAUCCAGGAUGUUAUCUUCCCAUUGAUGUGUCAUAGUGACGAAGAUGAGGAUCUGUGGACCAGUGACCCGCAUGAGUAUAUAAGAGUCAAGUAUGAUGUGUUUGAAGAUUUCCUGUCACCUGUGAUGGCAGCUCAGACUGUGUUCCACUCAGCCACUGCCAAGAGGAAAGAGGUGCUUAAUAAAGCCAUGGGUUUCUGCAUGUCUGUACUCACCAACCCCAGCUCCAUGCCCAGGCAGAAGGAUGGUGCUUUACACAUGAUUGGAGCAGUUGCUGAAGUGCUUCUCAAGAGAAAAAUCUACAAGGAUCAAGCAGAACAGAUGCUGACAACCCAUGUAUUCCCAUCAUUCUCCAGUGAAUUUGGCUUUCUUAGAGCCAGGGCUUGCUGGGUGAUCCGCUGUUUUGCUGAGAUGAAGUUUAAGACUGAGCACACCUUGAAGACUGCUGUCGACCUGGUCAAGGGAGCACUGUGUGGGGACAAAGACCUACCUGUGAGGGUGGAGGCUGCCAUUGCUUUACAGAUGCUUAUUACAGAACAGGAGAAGGCCAAAAACUAUGUUCAGCCAUACGUGAAGCCUGUCAUUCUAGAGCUGCUGCAAGUGAUACGGGAGACAGAGAACGAUGACCUGACUGGGGUCAUGCAGAAGCUGGUCUGUACUUACGUGGAAGAGGUCAUCCCUAUUGCAGUUGAUAUGAUGACACAUUUGGCACAGACAUUUGCUCAUGUCGUGGAAUCUGAUAGUGAUGGUUCUGAGGAGAAAGCCAUUACAGCCCUGGGUAUUCUCAACACCAUGGAGACCAUUCUCAACGUGAUGGAGGACCAGAAGGAGAUUGUCGUCCAGUUGGAAGGGAUUGUUCUCAGUGUAAUUGGCAUUAUUCUUCAAACCAACAUUAUCGAUUUUUAUGAGGAGGUUCUCUCCCUAAUCUACAGUUUGACCAGCUCUCAGAUUUCCCACCACAUGUGGGAGGUUUUUAACAUGAUCUACCAGAUGUUCCAGAAGGAUGGCAUUGAUUACUUCACAGACAUGAUGCCAGCUUUGCAUAACUAUAUCACUGUAGAUACUGAGGCAUUUUUGGCCAACCCAAGAAAUCUGGAAAUUAUAUAUAACAUGUGCAAAACAGUCUUGAACACUGAUGUAGGAGAAGAUGCAGAAUGUCACGCUGCCAAGCUUCUUGAAGUCAUCAUUCUUCAGUAUCCAGGCAGGGUAGACCAUGUUCUUGGUUCCUUUGUGGAGCUGGUACUACAGAGGCUAACUAGGGAAGUUCAGACUUCAGAACUGAGAACAAUUUGUUUACAGGUGGUGAUAGCCUGCCUCUACUACAACGCACCCCUGCUGCUGGAUAUUCUCAGCAAGCUGCAGAUUCCCAAUAUACAAGGUUCUAUACUUGGUCAGUUUCUCAAGCAGUGGUUACGUGAUACAGAUUGCUUUUUGGGUUUACAUGACCGCAAGAUAUGCGUCCUUGGCCUUUGCUCUUUGCUCACCAUGGUUGGCCAAAGACCUCAGGAGGUUACAGAGAUAGCGCCCCAGAUUUUGCCGGCAGCUCUACUCCUUUUUCAAGGUCUAAAACGUGCUUAUGCCAGUCGGGCACUUGAUGAAGAAAGUGAAUCUGAUGACUCUAGUGAUGAAGAUGAUGAAUAUGAUGGAGAGGUUUUAUCCAGUGAUGAAGAUGAGAUUGAUGAGACUAGUCAGCAAUAUUUGGAGCGGUUAGAAAAAGCUGAUCGUGGUGAUGAUGACAGCGAUGAGGAAGUAACUGACGAUGGAGCUGAAGAAACAGCCCUGGAGGCUUAUUCCACAAUUCUGGAUGCUCAGGAGUGCUCCAUUGACGAAUAUGUGAUAUUCAAGGAUAUAUUGACAGGACUGGCUAACCAGGACAGUGUUUGGUACCAGAACCUUGUCAGUGGACUGACCCCGGCCCAGAUCAAGGAUCUGGAAGAGAUAUUUAAGCUGGCUGAGCAGAAGAAGGCUGUAGCCAACUCAAAGAAAAUUGAGGAAGGGGGCGGAUACAUGUUCACCAAUCGCCAGGUGCCCACAUCUUUUAACUUUGGAGCAAGCUAA